AAGUACUCUGUGAAUCAAAAACAGCAAAAACUAUUGAUAUUUUUAUUUCUUGUUUAAUUUUCCGAAAAAUCUUAGUUUAAUAGAAGAUUUUGAGAUAGUGAAAUUAGUAUUAUGAAGUUAAAACAUUAACCCAAGUGCCCUUAAUCGUUAUCCUGUUCUGGAUACAGUAAAUCUGCAGCUAUGCCUGAACACUUGGAGCUCCAGCACCUGGUGGAUAUGUCGGCCGGUAGCGGCGAUGAGACGAUUCCUAACCUGCUGGAGAACAAAAGGCCACUGCUGAAGCGAUGUCCGUACCUAGGGCUGAUACUGGCUACGCUGUCUUCACUGUUUUUCUCGCUGUGCUCCGUCAUCGUCAAGAGCUUGGUGAACAUCGACCCCAUGCAGCUGGCCAUGUUCAGGUUCAUAGGAGUACUUCUACCUACAGUACCAAUAGUGGUGUACACGGAGCAGCCAGUGUUUCCUGCCGGAAAAAGAGUUCUGCUGGCCCUUCGCUCAAUCGUGGGCACAGUAGGCUUAAUGUUAAGUUUCUAUGCCUUCAGGAACAUGCCGCUGGCAGAUGCCUCGGUCAUUGUGUUCUCGGUGCCAGUUUUUGUUGCUUUCUUUGCAAGAGUGUUUCUGAAGGAGCCGUGUGGUAUAUGGAACACUAUUUCUAUAAUACUCACUCUAAUAGGUGUGGUACUUAUAACACACCCACCGUUUCUGUUUGGUGAAACGGCCCCUGCGGAAAAUAGCCAAGAUUAUAAUAGUUUGAAGGGUGCAAUAGCAGCAUUUGUUUCAACCAUUUUUGGCGCAAAUGCGUAUGUGCUGCUCAGAGUGCUCAAAGGGUUGCAUUUCUCUGUGAUCAUGACCAAUUUUGGUGCUUUUGCAAUUUUGCAAACAUUCUUGUACUCAUUGAUUUUUGGUGCUCUCUGCAUGCCGAACUGCGGCACUGAGAGGAUCCUGGUGGUUUGUCUGGCUCUAUUCAGCUACUUGGGACAAAUCCUCCUGACAAUGUCUCUUCAGAUGGAGCAAGCUGGCCCAGUAGCCAUUGCUCGGUCAGCUGACAUAGUUUUUGCUUUUCUAUGGCAAGUUAUGUUUUUCAGCGAAUUGCCAAGUAAAUACUCAGUUUUUGGAGCUAUUCUAGUGCUGAGCUCCGUAAUGUUAGUUGGUCUAAGGAAGUGGGCAGUAGCAUUACCUGCUGAUUCUCAACUGCGUAGAAAACUGGGAGCACUUGCACAAUAAUUUAUUUUAAAUACUAUUUUCAAGAUAUGUAUUAAAUCUUCUAGUCAGCAUACCAAAUAGUUUUGUUAUAUGAACUUCAUCAAGUGCAAUAAAUCUCAAUGAUAUAUGAUAGGUUCCACUAGAUUAGCCCUCCAUUUUCUAAUAAUCAUGUAGAAAUUGUUGAUAGUUUAGGUAAUGAUACCUAUGUUUAAGACAUCUUACACCCUAAAAGACUGUUAAUUAAGUCCAAUUUGAGUUGUGCAUAUUUGCCUCUUAUCACUUGCCUAUAUUGUGUUCCUUCUUACUGUUGUUAAGUUACUAAUAUAGUUCUAAAUAAUUCAUGUUAUUUACUCAUACUUUUGAAUUUAAUGUUGUCUAGUCAGUUAGGCUUAGUGUGUACACAAUUUUAAUGUAUUUUUUUUAAUGAUAUUAUG